AUGGAACCGGAACCGGAAGGAGGAGCUAAUUUGGGAAGACGUGAAUCUAUGGGAGACACGACGGGCCAGCGUAGAUUUGGACUGAAUAUACGCGGAGCCACCAUCAGCGAAGAGCCGGUGCCUCCAUCUGAAACCAGAGAGAUUCUGUUUCCGCAUCAGACACAAAAUGUUGCUCAAAUCGCAGUUGAUAUCGGUGGAAGUUUGGCCAAAGUCGUCUGGUUUUCACGAGCACCAAACACUCCUGGAGGUCGAUUGAACUUUAACAAGUUCCAAACUGAAGAUAUCGAACAAUGUAUUGCGUUUAUCGCAAAAGUAUUGGAUGAAGAUGAAGAUGGAAGCAUGCCACGGUCUAGACGUGUCAUCAAAGCCACGGGUGGUGGAGCUCACAAAUACUAUGACUUGUUUCAAGAGAGGUUGGGGGUGACUGUUCAAAAGGAAGACGAAAUGGAAUGUUUAAUCACUGGUUUGAACUUUAUGGUCCGUCAAAUCUCCUAUGAAGUCUUCACCUACGAUGAAAGAAGAACAGAACCAUUAAAUUAUGAAGACACACCACGUGAAUUGUUUCCAUACAUGUUGGUCAACAUUGGUUCCGGUGUCAGCAUACUCAAAGUGACGAGUGAAGAGACGUAUGAGCGCAUCAGCGGAACGUCAUUGGGCGGUGGAACUUUAUGGGGCUUGUUGGCUCUCAUAACGAAUGGAACUUCAUAUGACGAGAUGCUAGAGUUAUCCAAGCAAGGAGAUAACAAGAACGUAGACAUGCUGGUUGGUGAUAUUUAUGGCGGUGACUAUCCCAAAAUUGGUUUGAAGGCAACCACUAUUGCAUCAUCGUUUGGCAAGGUUUUCAAGGCUACACCGGAAGAACGAAAGAGUUUCAAGCCUGAAGAUAUAUCACGGUCAUUAUUGUACAUGGUCAGCAAUAAUAUUGGUCAAAUUGCAUAUUUGAAUGCACAGGCACAUGGAUUGCAGAGGAUAUACUUCAGUGGAUUCUUCAUUCGUGGUCAUCCAAUAACCAUGAACACAUUGAGGUUGGAAUCAACUACGCUACGCUUGUCCUUCAAUCGUGGCAAAAUGAAGGCUCUGUUCUGUCGCCAUGAAGGAUAUCUGGGUAGCGUUGGAGCAUUCUUACGAUUGACUCCAAGACGAGCCAGAUUAGGUUCAUUUAGAGAGAACUUCAGUCAGAUUGAAAAGAUAUCUGAAAAGUCGUUGGGAGCUGUCGGUGUCCUCGACAAGACUCUAAACAAGGAAACUCCAUUCCCGCUCCUAAAAGACGUGUCACUCUAUAAUCCAGAUACAACAGACUUGAGUGAUCCAAAACUGCAAAAAUAUUGGAUUGAUCUGCUAGACAAGAAUCUGAGCGACUUGAUCGAGUUGGCCUUGGAGUGGCAAGGUCAUCAAGAGGAUUCCAAGCAACGAGCGGCAACGUUUGAAACCAUGUACCGUGCUCAUUUGCAACGUUUACGUAAAGAGCCGUCCAUGUAUGGUGUUAUGACUAUCAGAAGCCUAUUGGAUUUGAGAGAACAGUGUCUCCAUGAAAUGGGUUUCCGAGAUAUCUUUGAAGGAAUCAAGAAACAAGAGAAUACUGCUGCGUUAGAAGGACUCCCUAAAAUGUUGACACGGCUGGAUGCAAUGCCUGAAGACCUUCGUAUUGAGACAUUGAUUCAAAAUGUGUUGGCUGGAAAUAUGUAUGAUUGGGGAUCAACGUCAGUUCAAGAAAUGUUGCGUCGGGGUGAAUUGGAUUUUGAGACAGCCAAGCAAAAAGUACAACACCCACCUAAAUUCAACCAACUCGCCCCACUAAAGAAACGUUUGAUAAACGAUAUACCACAUCACAAAGCAUGUAUAUUUGUGGAUAAUAGUGGUGCUGAUUUCAUAUUGGGUAUAGUUCCGUUCGCUCGAUACCUAUUGACAAAGGGAACACAAGUUAUCUUGGCUUGUAAUACUUUCCCAAGUGUUAAUGAUAUGACGGCACGCGAAAGUAUGGAAGUCAUGGACAAGAUAUCAGAGUUUGAUCCUGUUAUCCAAGAGCAUUGGAGGGAUGGCACACUGCAAGUUAUUGGAUCUGGUAGUGGGUCGCCUUGUCUAGAUAUGGCUAGAAUCAAUGAGCAGCUAGCACGAGCUGCUCUUGAUACUGAUUUCGUGGUGUUAGAGGGAAUGGGACGUGCUAUUCACACCAACUUCUUCGCUCAAUUCAAAGUGGAAUCUCUGAAGAUUGCAGUGUUCAAGAAUGUUCAAGUUGCAGAGUCACUUGGAGCAUCAAUGUAUGAUGCAAUUGUCUUAUAUGACAAGGGAAGCGAGACUAUGGUAUAG